AUGUCUGAUCUGCCUUCGAUAUCAGCCGAAGAGCGUAAGCGCAUUUUGCGCGAAAGAAGAGCAGCUAAAAUGGCCAAAGGAAAUGCCACCUCCAGAUUGAAUACUAUUCUUACACAGGGCAAUUCUGUAAAAGAUGUUUCUUCUGUCAAAUCAGUUUUGGACCAGGAGCCUACUGGAGCUACUGCUACUACUACUGGAAAUCAUGAUUUAGAUCCAGAUCACCACGACAUUGAAGGGUUUAUCAACACCCCUGGGAUUAAUGCUUCCAAUGAUUCGGUAGCACUUUCAAAUUCUGAGGAUAUCGAUGAGAUGUUCAAGAAGAUUUUCGGCGGCCAAGUGCCCGGAAAUGGCACUGAUGGUGCUGGAAGUGAAGAUCCUUUGGCUCAAAUGAUGAAGAUGUUUUCACAACCAGGAGCUGGAACAGGAACAAAUACGCCGUUCUCGGAAGAUCCAUUUUCAGCCCAGCCCGAAGAAUUUAAAUACCAACAGCAAUUGGUCCAGUACAAUACUUAUAGGCACCAGGUGUGGAAGUUCCGCUUCCUUGCUGUGAGAUACUUUGCGCUUUUGGCCAACUUCAUCUACCACUUUUACAUUAUAGGCGAUUCUAUAUCAUUCGCUUCAUCCUCACACCAAUUCAUCCGAGAGUUGAUCCCUGUAGAGCCAGCUAGAAGCUUUUUCACUUUGUUCUCGACAAUUGAAGUAGUCAUAAUUGCCAGCUACUAUUUCCUUGGAACUAAAGAAGGCUUUUUCUCCACAGCUACUAGUAACAAUUUCGUAGUCAAAUUGCUCGACAUGGGAUCCAUGGUCUUGCCACAGUUGCAGCAGUUCAAGACAAUCGCUGUUCGUCUACUUGGGUACUACGAGUUGCUUGCGGUUUUGUUAGGAGACUUGUCACUUGUAGUUGUUCUCUUUGGACUUCAUAGUGUUUUAGGGAACUAAAAGAUAGUAAACUCUCGCAUUGGAUUAUUGUAGUCAUACGAUGUCGUAAUUUAAUCAUGAUCAUUAUCAGUAACGUCUAUAUAGUUACAUUAUUACAUAGUGAUACAACUAGAAAGUUU